CAACAACCCUUCCUUAUUUGAGCAGACAUAAAAGGAAAAUGAAACCUUGUGUUCGUUCUUGUUCCGUCCCAAGAUGCAUCUUCAAGUGUCCAUUGUUCUUCUUUUCAUUCUUCUCACUGGAGGAUUCUCUCUGAACUGUUAUGAAUGCCAGAAUCAACAACAAGCUCAUUAUUGUUCAAAGACGACAUGUUCCAGUGCCAACUGCAGGAGUACAAAAGCAGUAGAAUACUUUGGACCCUAUAGAGAAGAGGCAGAUAACAGACAACGGGAACGGAACAGGAUCCCGAGCCGGAUUAAGUACAAACACGCUGCAUGCCCCGGCAACGGCAUAACGGAGGAAACCAUAUCUUAUGGGUGUGCUAUGCCACGUGAAUGUAAAAGCUGGUCUCUUGGCACAGGCUGCUGGAUAAGAGAACAUAGUUCCAAAUGCUGCGACACCAACCUUUGCAAUCGACAAGCUUCAGGUUCGUUCUCUCAUAUCCCCAAUGGGAAGAGAUGUUUCACUUGUGAUGAAGAGGACUGCUCAAAAACAAUCAGUUGUUGGGGGAAUGAAGACUACUGCUUUACUGCAUAUGAACCUUCUUCACAUCAGUCAGUGGCUACAAAAGGAUGUGCAUCGAAAUCUGCCUGUGAUCAGGAGCCUGGAAAGAUUUUAGGAUUUCAUGGGAACAUCACAUGCUGUGAGGGGAACCUGUGUAACGGUGCUACUCAGAUCUCCACAUAUAACAGUGCUCAGAGUGUCACCCAGAUCUCCACAUAUAACAGUGCUCAGAGUGUCACCCAGAGCUCCAAAUAUAACGGUGCUCAGAGUGUCACCCAGAGCUUCCUGUUCCUCUGCUGUUCUCUGCUCUCCUACCUCCUGCUGCACUGAAUCUAGCAGCAAGGACCCGCAUCAGGAGCAAUUUGAUAAAUUACAGUGCAUUAUAAAGAAAGCUUGUAUUGUCUGACAUCAUUUGCUUAUCUUUAAAGUCAUGAAGUAAGAAAUGUGUAUUGAAGUGUAUUGAAAUAAUAAAAAAACACAAAUUAUUCUUUAAAUUAUUAUUUUAUUAUACACAGCAAAAUCCCCAGAGUUUAAUUAACUCUGCUCAGAGUACAUAUGCUCCCUCUCUAAAUAGUGUUAAAGUAACACUGAAGCAGAGUUAAAGUUAAUGACAUAAUUAAGCAAUUAAUUAAGUGAUGAUUGAGCAUUAGUGAUGAACACCUGCUGUUAACAAGCAGAAUCACUGAAGAAAAGAGAAACACAAGAACUACAACUGACUUCAGCCAAAUCCUUAGAUGAAAUCAACUGAAAAGACAUUAAAUCUCUCAAGAUCUGAUUAAACAACUCCACAAACAGCUUUUCUAGCUUUACCUAUUAUUAACCAGAUUGACUGUCAUAUUUCUACAGAAGUUUUUAUUGAGAAUUAACAGAGGUUUAGAUGUUGAUGUUUUAUUGGCCAAAAAAUGAUGCCACUAUCAUGGGGGUCAGUGUUUGCUUUAGUUGGGCUCUUGACACUUUUAUGUUUUUAAAAUAAUUUGCUUUUAAGCAAGUGUGGUCUUGUUUCACAGUAAACACUUGCGCAUUGCUGAAUCAAAAGAUUGAAGAAGCAGAUCAGCCUUAAAAAAGCCAUUAGAAAUAAACAUUACAAAGAGGUCUCUCUCUUUUUCUUUAGUUUCUUGACUGAGGUUUGACUACUACAGAAAUGCAAAAAAAAAAAAAAAAAAAAAAAAAAAAAAUCCCAUUAAACAAGUGCCAUCAUAAUGCUUCACUGCUGCAAAUGAACAAUUAUUAGACAUGAACACAUCGUACAAUCCUCAACAGCGGUGACAAUAAUUAUUGAUACUGCAGUGCAUGAUGGGAAUUUUGUACUAUGGUGAUACCCAGCAUGCAUUGCAGCAUGAAGCGUUUUUUUUAUCACCGUUGUUGAGAUGCAUAUGCUGAUUCUUGAUGUCUGUGUGUAUCUAAAUAAUACAGUAGCUCAAUUUUUUAUGCACUACACGGUUUUAAAAUCAUUCAAGACAACUGUUUGCUGCAACACUUUCUUCUCAUGCUUUAGUUUCACAGGGUUGGUAAAAAAACAAAAUGUAUAAAUGACCAAAUAUAUGGCUAAUUGCUCUGGAUGCAAUCAGGCUUACAAUGACUACAACAUCAUAUAAAAGCAGCUAAUAUCUGCUCACUGCUCAACAUCAUAUGAAUUGCUGCAGAGAAAAAAUAGUUGUGACCGCAGUGGUUCAACCUUAAUGUUAUGAAGCGACAAGAAUAUUUUUUGUGUGCAAAAACAAUGGUUCAAAUUGUUGAAUAAAGACGUUAUUUUUGUUUUGUUUUUGUGCAC